UAGGCGUUUGGUGGCCGAGGCAGCGGGUGAGGCUGUAUAGUCCAAGACCGAGGACGAGAUGGAGAAGCGAGGCCGAGGCGGAAAGCCGCCCCAGACGCCGACGCCUCAGCAGGCGCCUCCGAUGCCCAAGAAGGAGAGGAAGCCUAGCAUGUUUGAGAAGGAGGCAUAUGCACAGAUUUUGAGAGAGAGACUAAGAGAUUCUGUCCAUGAUGUUCAGUAUGUGGAGCCUCCCUUCGAUGACUCAAUUGCUGAUAUAGGUAAAGAAUGGAAGAGUGCCCUGGCAAAGUUAAAGUUUGCUAAUUCAUAUAGAAUGGAGCCAUUGAAGAAAUUCCAAGCUCAUUCAGUAGAAAUUAAAGUCCAGCAGAUAUUGACGGAAAGUCUUAAAGACGUCAAGUAUGAUGACAAGAUCUUCUCUCACUUGUCCCUUGAGUUGGCAGAUCGCAUAUUGUCAGCAGUCAAAGAAUUUGGGUACCACCGUUAUAAGUACAUUAUAAAAGUAUUAUUUAUUCAAAAGACUGGUCAAGCAAUAAAUAUUGCCAGCAGAUGGAUCUGGGAUGUUGCAUGGGACAGCUGGGUCGCAGCUAAACAUGAAACUGAGUCGUAUGUGGCCUUGGCCUUGGUGUUUGGUCUUUACUAUGAAUAGCCUGCUACAUAUACUCAAGAAAAGUUUACUUCUCAACUUUUCAAAUAUAUAUGAAAUGUACAGAUU